AUGGAGUUCCCAAUCAUCAACUUGGAGAAGCUUAAUGGUGAAGAGAGAUCAACUAUCUUAGCCAAAAUCAAAGAUGCUUGUGAAAACUGGGGUUUCUUUGAGGUACUGAACCACGGAAUAGAUAUAGAAUUUCUAGACAAAGUAGAGAAAUUAACAAAAGAACAUUACAAGAAAUGUAUGGAAGAGAGAUUCAAAGAACACAUAGCCAGCAAAGGAUUAAACGACGUCGUAACAGAAGUCAACGAUGUUGACUGGGAAAGCACUUUCUUCCUCCGUCAUCUCCCAGUCUCCAACAUCGCGGAUCUCCCGGAACUAUCCGACGAUUACAAAUCCGUAAUGAAACAAUUCGCGUCAAAAUUACAAGUACUCGCCGAACUCCUCCUGGAUUUGCUCUGCGAAAAUCUGAACCUUCCAAAAUCAUAUCUGAAAAACGCUUUCCACGGAUCCAACGGCCCAACUUUCGGGACAAAAGUCAGCAAUUACCCACCUUGUCCAAACCCAGAUCUAAUAAAAGGCCUCCGAGCACACACCGACGCGGGAGGGAUAAUCCUUCUAUUUCAAGACGACAAAGUGAGUGGUUUGCAACUGUUGAAGGAGGGGGAGUGGGUGGACGUGCCGCCGGUCCGGCACUCGAUCGUGGUGAAUAUCGGGGAUCAAUUGGAAGUGAUUACAAACGGGAAAUAUAAAAGUGUUUUGCACAGAGUAAUUGCGCAGCCGGAAGGGGAAGGGAGAAUGUCGUUGGCGUCGUUUUACAAUCCGGGAAGUGACGCGGUGAUAUUUCCGGCGCCGAGUUUGGUGGCGGAGGAGAAAAAUGAAAUAUACCCAAAAUUUGUAUUUGAGGAUUAUAUGAAGCUUUAUGCUGGACUGAAAUUUGACGCCAAGGAGCCGAGGUUUGAAGCCAUGAAGGGUAAUAAUGUCAAAUUGGAUCCUAUUGCAACCGUUUGA